AUGUUUUGGGUUGAUGAAACAGGAAGAGAAAACUACAAUAAGUUUUCUGAUGUUAUAUCAAUGGAUGCUACUUAUAGAACAAACAGGUACAAUAUGAUAUUUGUUCCUUUCACUGCAAUAAACAAUCAUGACAAAACAAUCAACGUUGGAGCAGGACUAAUAUCAGAUGAAACAAUUGAAUCAUACUCUUGGUUGUUAGAAGCUUUUUUGUCAUCACAUAAGAAGAAACCAACAAUGAUUCUAUCAGACAUGGAUGCAACAUUAUCUUGUUCAAUAGCAAAGGUGUUUGAAGGAUGUACUCACAGAUUAUGUAUGUGGCACAUAAUGUCAAAAAUGCCAUCAAAGGAAAAUAAAUGGUUGGCUGAUAUGUUCAACAAGAGAGAUAAAUGGAUUCCAUCCUAUUUCAGAGAUAUACCAAUGUGUGGACUUAUAGACUACAUCUCGAUCUGA